AUGGAAACUAUUAAAACUCCAUUAUUAUUAGUUUUAUUGCUCUUAUCUUUAAGCUAUGUAAAUGCUUUAACUUGUUUAAAUGAUGAAAUUCUUCAAGUAUCCAAUGGUAUAAAAUAUUGUGCCCCCAACAAUCUUGAUCGAUGUCGAGGUGUUUCCUGUCCAACUCAUCAUAUUUGUGCUUCCGUCAGACAAAGAGGUGUUUGUGUACGUACGAAAUGUCAUCAUAUCACAAGUGGAGGUGCAAGUACCACCGCUACUACAAUAGCAUCUACUGCCAGUACCAUUGCAACUACCACCGCCUCCACUAGAGGUGGAAGUACAACUGCUACCACCAUUGCAUCUACUGCCAGUACCAUUGCAACUACCACCGCCACCACUAGAGGCGGAAGUACAACUGCUACUACUCUCGCUUCCACUGCCAGUACCAUUGCAACUACCACUGCUACCACCUCAAGUGCAAGCACUGUUGCUUCAACUGUAGCAUCGACUGCUAGUACCAUUGCAACUACCACUGCUACCACCUCAAGUGCAAGCACUGUUGCUUCAACUGUGGCUUCGACUGCUAGUACUAUUGCAACUACCACUGCUACCACCUCAAGUGCAAGCACUGUUGCUUCAACUGUAGCAUCGACUGCUAGUACCAUUGCAACUACCACUGCUACCACCUCAAGUGCAAGCACUGUUGCUUCAACUGUAGCAUCGACUGCCAGUACCAUUGCAACUACCACUGCUACCACCUCAAGUGCAAGCACUGUUGCUUCAACUGUUGCUUCAACAGCCAGUACUGUUGCUUCCACCGUUGCUUCGACAACCGCUACAACUGGACAACCAACUGGUGUCAGUACCGUCGCUUCUACCGUCGCUUCUACCGUCGCUUCAACAGCCAGUACUGUUGCUUCAACCGUUGCUUCGACAACCGCUACAACUGGACAACCAACUGGUGUCAGUACCGUCGCUUCUACCGUCGCUUCUACCGUUGCUUCAACCGUCGCUUCAACAGCCAGUACUGUUGCUUCAACCGUUGCCUCGACAACCGCUACAACUGGACAACCAACUGGUGUCAGUACCGUUGCUUCUACCGUUGCUUCAACCGUUGCUUCAACAGCCAGUACUGUUGCUUCCACCGUUGCCUCAACAACCGCUACAACUGGACAACCAACUGGUGUCAGUACCGUCGCUUCUACAGUUGCAUCAACAACUGCAACCACUACCGGUCCAGCCUCAACCAUCACUGCCACAACCACUGCCUCGACUGUUGCCACCACAACAUCUCCAUCUUCUGGUGUACCAUCUAGUACUGUUGCAUCAACAAUUGCAUCCACUACCGCAACCACUACCGGUCCAGCCUCAACAAUAACACAAACCACCACUGCUUCAACUGUUGCCACCACAACAUCUCCAUCUAGUGCUAGUACUGUUGCAUCAACCACUGCAUCCACUACCGCAACCACUACCGCAUCUACAACCGGUCCAGCCUCAACAAUAACACAAACAACCACUGCGUCAACUGUUGCAUCAACCACUGCAACCACCCGUCCAGUUACUACUACAGCUUCAACUGUUGCCUCUACCACCGCCACAACCACUGCAUCUACCUCCGGUCCAGCAUCAACCAUCACUGCCACAACCACUGCCACAACCACUGCGACCACCACAACUGCUAGUACAACUGCAUCAACCACUGCAACCACCACUGCAUCAACUACUGGUCCAGCUUCAACUAUAACAGCUUCGACAACACAAUCCACAACUGCAACUACUACUAGUCCUGCUACUACUGGUCCUGCAACUACUGGUCCUGCUACUACCGCUCCUGCCACAACUUCCCCUGCUACUACUGCUCCUGCCACAACUUCCCCUGCAACCACAACCGCAACUAGCAUUGCCUCCACUGGUGUCACUGGUAUAACUACUAUUGGUGGUGUCACUCAAACUACCACUGCUACUGCAACCACAACCGCAACUAUCAUUGCCGCCACUGGUGUAACUGGUCUAACUACUAUUGGUGGUGUCACUCAAACUACCACUGCUACUGCAACCACAACCGCAACUAGCAUUGCCGCCACUGGUGUCACUGGUCUAACUACCAUUGGUGGUGUUACUCAAACUACCACUGCUACUGCAACCACAACCGCAACUGGUGGUGUCACUCAAACUACCACUGCUACUGCAACCACAACCGCAACUAGCAUUGCCGCCACUGGUGUCACUGGUAUAACUACUAUUGGUGGUGUCACUCAAACUACCACUGCUACUGCAACCACAACCGCAACUAGCAUUGCCGCCACUGGUGUAACUGGUAUAACUACUAUUGGUGGUGUCACUCAAACUACCACUGCUACUGCAACCACAACCGCAACUGGUGGUGUCACUCAAACUACCACUGCUCCUGCAACUACUGCCCCUGCAACUACUACCGCAACUGGUGGUGUCACUCAAACUACCACUGCUACUGCAACCACAACCGCAACUAGCAUUGCCGCCACUGGUGUAACUGGUCUAACUACUAUUGGUGGUGUCACUCAAACUACCACUGCUACUGCAACCACAACCGCAACUAGCAUUGCCGCCACUGGUGUCACUGGUCUAACUACAAUUGGUGGUGUCACUCAAACUACCACUGCUACUGCAACCACAACCGCAACUGGUGGUGUCACUCAAACUACCACUGCUACUGCAACUACUGCCCCUGCAACUACUACCGCAACUAGCAUUGCCGCCACUGGUGUCACUGGUCUAACUACUAUUGGUGGUGUCACUCAAACUACCACUGCUCCUGCUACAACUGCCCCUGCAACCACUACCGCAACUGGUGGUGUCGCCACUGGUGUAACUGGUCUAACUACCAUUGCUGGUGUCACUCAAACUACCACUGCUCCUGCAACUACUGCCCCUGCAACCACUACCGCAAUUGGUGGUGUCGCCACUGGUGUCACUGGUCUAACUACCAUUGCCGGUGUCACUCAAACUACCACUGCUCCACCAACAACAACUGCUCCACCAACAACUACUGCUCCACCAACAACUACUGCUCCACCAACAACUACUGCUCCACCAACAACUACUGCCCCUGCAACCACAACCGCAAUUGGUGGUGUCGCCACUGGUGUAACUGGUCUAACUACCAUUGCCGGUGUCACCCAAACUACCACUGCUCCACCAACAACUACUGCUCCACCAACAACUACUGCUCCACCAACAACUACUGCCCCUGCAACCACUACCGCAAUUGGCGGUAUCGCCACUGGUGUAACUGGUCUAACUACCGUUGCUGGUGUCACUCAAACUACCACUGCUCCACCAACAACUACUGCUCCACCAACAACUACUGCUCCACCAACAACAACUGCUCCACCAACAACAACUGCUCCACCAACAACUACUGCUCCACCAACAACUACUGCUCCACCAACAACUACUGCCCCUGCAACCACUACCGCAAUUGGCGGUAUCGCCACUGGUGUAACUGGUCUAACUACCAUUGCUGGUGUCACUCAAACUACCACUGCUCCACCAACAACUACUGCUCCACCAACAACUACUGCUCCACCAACAACUACUGCUCCACCAACAACUACCGCUCCACCAACAACUACCGCUCCACCAACAACUACUGCUCCACCAACAACUACUGCUCCACCAACAACUACCGCUCCACCAACAACUACUGCUCCACCAACCACUACCGCAAUUGGUGGUGUCGCCACUGGUGUAACUGGUCUAACUACCAUUGCCGGUGUCACCCAAACUACCACCGCUCCACCAACAACAACUGCUCCACCAACAACUACUGCCCCUGCAACCACAACCGCAAUUGGCGGUAUCGCCACUGGUGUAACUGGUCUAACUACCGUUGCUGGUGUCACUCAAACUACCACUGCUCCACCAACAACUACUGCUCCACCAACAACUACUGCUCCACCAACAACAACUGCUCCACCAACAACAACUGCUCCACCAACAACUACUGCUCCACCAACAACUACUGCUCCACCAACAACUACUGCUCCACCAACAACUACUGCUCCACCAACAACUACUGCUCCACCAACAACUACCGCUCCACCAACCACUACCGCAAUUGGUGGUGUCGCCACUGGUGUAACUGGUCUAACGACCGUUGCUGGUGUCACUCAAACUACCACCGCUCCUUCUACUACUGCCCCAACCACUACCGCAACUGGAGGUGUCGCCACUGGUGUCACUGGUCUAACUACCGUUGCUGGUGGCACUCAAACAACAACUGCUCCACCAACAACUACCGCUCCACCAACAACAACUACUCGACCAACAACUACUGCUCCACCAACAACUACUGCUCCACCAACAACAACUGCUCCACCAACAACAACUGCUCCACCAACAACUACUGCUCCACCAACCACUACCGCAAUUGGUGGUGUCGCCACUGGUGUAACUGGUCUAACGACCGUUGCUGGUGUCACUCAAACUACCACCGCUCCUUCUACGACUGCCCCAACCACCACCGCAACUGGAGGUGUCGCCACUGGUGUCACUGGUCUAACUACCAUUGCUGGUGGCACUCAAACAACCACUGCUCCACCAACAACAACUGGUAGAGUUAUCGCAUAA